GGUGGAAUUUCUUGCGGGAAACAUUAAUAGCGUGAACACUUAAAAUUCUACUGUUGGGCGAUUGAAUGCCUCGUGUUAUCAGGAUGUCCACACGUCUGUCGUGCGGGAGAGACUUCCACUGCAGCCCUGACAUCAAUACCUCCAUUGAUGUGGCAUGCAAAUCUGGAUUUGACUUUUUAUGUCUUCCCAUUGUAAACCCACGAUACAAGAGAGAGUUCCUUGAAGGCCCAGCAAAGAAUCGCCCUGGGGCAUUGACUAGGUCUGAUCUCCUACUUACCAGCCAAGACUGGUCUACCCUGGUGGUUGGAAAAGUUUCCCCAUGGCUCCACCUAGACUCCAAAGUUCAUCAUCUGCGUCGCAAUUCCGAAAUAGCCUUCAAACAAGAGAUUACCUACGCAGCUCACCUCAGCCUGCCCGCAGUCCUCGUUCCUUUGAAGACUCGACGUUUUGCUAACCUGGCCCGCACUCUCAAUGAGCACAUCAUGGGCAGUUUAGUACAUCAGCAAUUCUGGAUACAGAUUCCUCUCCUUUCUGCCAAGGACCAGUGUGAGAAUCUCCUGGAGGAUGGAAUGAACGGCCAUGAGGAUGGCAGAUAUGAGGAUACUUGGGAAUGGUGGCAUAAGUUCCACACAAUGUGUGACUGCUACAAGAAGAUGGGCGUUGCCCUGGAACUGACAGCUGACCUUCCCUCAGAGGAGGUCUUACAGCGUUGGCUGGCUGAGCCAAUCAAAUGUGUGAUCCUCUCCACUAGCCUCUUCCUGACCAAUAAGAAGGGAUAUCCUGUCCUGUCACGAGCUCAUCAGGCAUACCUUCGCCGACUCUUCAAGCUGGAUGUGCAGUUGGUGAUGACAGGUGUUGACAGACACCCACAUAUAGGUAUAGGAUCUUAUCAGCAAUACCUGGAUCAUCUUUUCAAGACUCAGCCUCCAGACACAGUAUCACAGUUUGCCCGGGGCUACGAAGAUUAUCUACAGUGUCCCCUACAGCCACUGAUGGACAAUUUGGAGUCACAAACCUACGAGAUCUUUGAGAAAGACCCUGUCAAAUACUCUCAGUACCAAAAGGCAAUUUAUUAUGCUUUGCUGGACAGGAUACCAACUGAUGAGAAAGACAAGAAAGAAAUAGUCCUGACUGUGGUAGGAGCAGGAAGAGGCCCGCUGGUACGGGCCGCUGUCUCGGCAGCACAGCAGGCUGACCGCAAGAUUCGAGUGUUUGCUGUGGAGAAAAACCCCAAUGCGGUUGUCACACUUGAGAACCUGAAGGAUGAGGUUUGGGGAGAGCAGGUUACAGUGGUGUCGUGUGACAUGCGGGAGUGGAAGGCUCCGGAGAAGACAGACAUUCUAGUCAGUGAGCUCCUGGGGUCGUUUGGUGACAAUGAGUUAUCCCCAGAGUGUUUGGAUGGUGCUCAGAGAUUUCUGAAAGAUGAUGGGAUUAGCAUACCUAAAGAUUACACAUCUUACCUGGCUCCUCUCCAAUCCACCAAGCUGUAUAACGAAGUUAGAUUGUGUAAGGAGAAGGACAAACACCAGGAUUCAAUGUUUGAGAUGCCAUAUGUGGUGAGACUGCACAAUUGUCAGAUUCUGUCAGAACCCAAGAAGGUCUUCUCUUUUCACCAUCCUAACAAAGACAGUGUUAUAGACAACAAUCGCUAUACCAGUUUGGAGUUCCGGAUGGAUAACAACGCUGUGCUUCAUGGCUUUGCAGGCUACUUUGAGACCACCCUAUACAGAGAUGUCACACUAAGUAUUCUCCCGUCAACACACUCACCUGGAAUGUUCAGCUGGUUUCCUAUUUUGUUCCCAGUCAAGCAACCUAUAUACCUGAAGAAAGGGAGCCGUGUGGUGUUUGACAUCUGGCGUCUGUGCACCCCCAAGAACAUCUGGUACGAGUGGUGUCUCCUAGAGCCCCAGAUCCUCUCCAUCCAUAACCCUAAAGGGCGUUCCUACACCAUCGGCCUGUAGGGAGGGACCCCUGAGAGAGGUCAUACUGGAGUGGAUAGAGGGCAAAGGCGAGUUUAACAGGGGACAUUGAGUUGCAUUGAUACUGAAGAUUUGAGGACAUAUGUGUAUGGGAGAGGUCAUUUAGAACAAACUCUCAUUUCUCAAGCAUUUCAAGCUGGAUCUCAUCCUGAGAGAAGAAUGAAAUUCUGUUUUUUAUCAUCAUAUCCAAACAAAAAAAAAGUCCAUUCUUUCAGCAGAUUUCUUAGAUUUAACAGAGCAUUUUCUUGAUAAAGAAGAUUGCGGGCAAUCAAUUUGCCCUACAGUGUUUUAAGGGGAAGUGUGAUCAGUACUGUUAAAUGUGCACGCCUCAAGGUCAUCUGGGAUAGAAAGGCAUGUUUGUGAAGAGUUGUGUAUAGUUUCAAUUUAAAUGAGGAUACCGUACUGUAUUUCAACUAAAUUUUUGCCGUUUUCAAGUGCUACAUUUGGCUUUUUUGUUAAUGAUUCAUCCACAUGGUAGGGCCAUUUAAGAAAAUUACUUCCUGUUAGCUGUGGGCAUUAAGAGUAUUGUGGAUUCUGAAUGUGCAUUAAAAAAGAAGCAGUUAAAUGGUUGUCAUUGCUUAUACAAGUGAUCAAAACAAACUUUGUGACAUAGCUUAACUAUGGAAGUUAGUUGCCACUAAGUUUUGUAUUGCAGGGGAAAAAACAGAACAGGAUUCACUUAGUUUAACUCGUAAAGGUCAUGUAGGUGGUCGAUAAGUUGUAAUGUUCAAGGUCAACCAUUUCAAAAUUUUUGGCUUUGGUCACAAUGAUUGCAGUAGCAGUGAAGUUCAUGAUCAUGAAGUAUGUACGUUCAUAGCACUGAUACUGUAGAAGAUGUAAUGUGUAUGACAUGAACAAGCCACUGAUACUGUAGAAGAUGUAAUGUGUAUGACAUGAACAAGCCACUGAUACUGUAGAAGAUGUAAUGUGUAUGACAUGAACAAGCCACUGAUACUGUAGAAGAUGUAAUGUGUAUGACAUGAACAAGCCACUGAUACUGUAGAAGAUGUAAUGUGUAUGACAUGAACAAGCCACUGAUACUGUAGAAGUUGUAAUGUGUAUGACAUGAACAAGCCACUGAUACUGUAGAAGAUGUAAUGUGUAUGACAUGAACAAGCCACUGAUACUGUAGAAGAUGUAAUGUGUAUGACAUGAACAAGCCACUGAUACUGUAGAAGAUGUAAUGUGUAUGACAUGAACAAGCCACUGAUACUGUAGAAGAUGUAAUGUGUAUGACAUGAACAAGCUUGCUACAAAAUAGUCAACUUCCAUCUAUUAUGUCAGUGUUUCAUGUACAUGAUUUUCUUACAAAACUUAACUUAGUUUUCUUGCAUUUCAAAGAUCAUGUAUAUUGGUUAAUCCAUUGCAAGACUGUGUAAUAAUUAACUUGAUCCAUACUGGAUGUGCUCCUACUUCUGGACGAGUUAUAUCUAGGGCCAUUACCAACCAGGAUGUGAACCAACUGUUGACAUAAAAUGAGGGCUUGAAGGCUUUGUGUUAGUGUGCAUGUCUCUCUGUCCCAAUACUAGUCUUGUUUCACUCAGAGUUUUUUCAGUGAAUAUCAUGAUUUUGACAAAUUUCUUCUUUGUCUUUUGAAAUUUUCUUGUCUACAUUGUGAAAUAGGCAGGUAAGUAAAUGACAUGUUCAAGAGAAAAAAAAUUGUCCUCAUAAAGUAUGCGCUGGAACCUGUCAAACUUUUGUGGCUCUUUGAAGCGAGACAAACGGUUUUCCAGAGGUGGUGCUGAUCUUAUGCAGGCCCCUAUACACUGUAUACAUUUAGUUUUCCCAGGGAAUGUGUAAAAGUAAGAAUUGCUCUUGAUGUUCUACGAUUCCAUGUCACAAACAAAAUGUCAGGAAAAUACGUUGCAUUCUAAGACUGAAGUAUUUGUGUCUGU